AAUUUUAUUAAUGCUAAUAAAUUAAAAUACAACUUAAACACUUUACCAUAUAGUAUCUAAAUUGUUAGUAAAAGUCUAAGUUAAAUUGUUAUUUGUGAGACUGUUGUUCUAGGUUCUGUUACACUGGAGUAUAAGUGGAGUCUUUAAAAUUCGCUAUAUUUAUUAGACAAAUUCUUUUGCCUAUUAUCCGUUCAAAAUAGGUUGACAUUUUUAGAUAUUCCACAAUUGUAAUGUGAAUGAAGCCGUACCAUAAUUUUAAAAAAGUGAUUCCUUACAAAAAGAUUGACAUUUACAAAAUAAUCCUGAAUUCAGUGUGGACGAAGCCAUAGCUUUAAUAAGAAAAGGUUAUUUCCUCUAUUACAUAUUCGAUAUUAAGUAUCAAGUAUGUAUUUACUGGCUACACCAUAUAUUUUGUUUGUAAGUUACGUAGGUAUAUAAACAAUUUUAUAGUUUCAAAUCGUUGAAUUGAGUAAAUAGUAAUAGAACACGUUUAAAAAGUUUUUGGUGAUCAACAAGUAUGUGUGACGAUGAUUUUAAAAUAACACCAGCAUCGGUAGCCGUUAAAGUACAAAGUUCUAUAAAUCAGGACAUUGUCAAGGAGCUGCUAAAAAGUUCUUUUCAAGAUUCCCAAACAAAACUGAGUUGCGAAGCUCUUAGCCUAAUGACAGAGAUUGCUAAAUUGCUUGUAAUGGAAACUUGUUUAAGGGCAGCUGACUUAGCAAAUUCUGGAAAUGAGGACGGCCAAGUCUGUUCAGUAAUUAACGCCGACCACAUACUUAAAUGUCUUCCUCAAAUCAUGUUGGAUUUCCCAUAGAAGAUAAAGAAUCAGUUUAAUUAUAAUAUUUCACUGUGAUUUUACCAAACAACGCUUUAGUUAAGAAGUAAUUGAACUAAGAUUUCAUAUUGAUACUUAUACAAUUUACAGUAAUAUUAAGAAAUUAUAUGCAAAUGUAUUUUAGUUUUAAAAUGUAAAUAGUUGGAUUAUAUUAAUGAGUUGUCCAUUAAGUGUUCGUCCCACCUCACUCAUAUGACCUAGUUGGUUGAAACAAUGAUUACAAACUUUAGUCUCCAUAUUUUUAUAUCAAGUUCCAUUACUUAAAGUUUAAUAUUUUUUAUUAAUAGUCUUUAAAUGAUUGCGGCUUGUCUCUUUGUUUUGUAAGUUCUAAUACUAUUUUAUUUAAGAAAUUAAAAAUAAAUGAACUACAUAAUCCAGACAGAGGUAAUAAUAAAAAUCUCAAUAAUAAAACUGUGUCAACUACA